UUUCAUGUAAAUAGAAUCCCCAGUGUAAAUUUUUGAAUUAUAAAUAUACAUUAAACCAAGUGUAACUACCUUGCAAAUCCAUCUCCACCGUCGGAUCAUGCUGAGAUGAAAUCUGAGCCGUUUAAACUCACAAAAAUAACCGCUCCCAUGGCAGUUUAGGGCGGUUAUUUACGGUUUUCUUAGCUGGUGGUUACUUCCACGUUUACCCAUGAUCUCCACAAUUCAACUUAAUCCUCCUACAAACUUGGGUAGUGGUAUCAAUUCAGUUGAGGAGUUUUGUUAUAUAAUGUACACGCCACAUACAAACUUUCCUAUUUUCAACUGAAUCAUUCUUGAAGAAUAAAAGAAAUCCCUGCAAUCACCGCCAUUGAGCCUCCCGAUCACAGGUCUACUUUUGUUCAUAUUUGAAAGUAUCGUAGCUAUUAUGCUCUUUCUUUUAGUUUUUCUCAGAUUGGUUUCGUAUUUGAUUGAAGGUAUCAUCGAAUUUUGAUUUUGUUUAACCGAAAAUCUGUUUAUUUUUUUUUAAAUUUUGGUUGUCGAAUCAACUGAAACCAACGCAGGUGCGGAUGAAGCUGAUACAUAAAGCAGGGAAUAUUGUUCGAGAUUGCUCUGAUUGCCUUAAUAAAGUACAGCCUGGUAACCCAAGGAUUGCUUUUCUUUGUAAAUUUUCUAACCUCAUGCUAAAUCAAACGGGAAAGUUGUUACAAAUACCCCACACCCAAAGAGGAUUUUAAGGUUGUUAAGCAAACACAAGCAAUGGAAGUUCUCAAGUCGAUUCAUUCAAAUCAGCGGGUGCUUUUCGUCGAUGAUGGAUUUGCAACCGCACUUACUAUCCUAUCCGUCGUCAUCGGUGACGGCAAUGGAAGUGUGUUUCAACAGGCAUGAACAAGAAGGUGAAGGAGUGAGGAUGAUGAAGCAAAGGGUAUUUAAAAGAAUUUGUUGAGCAUGCUAAGGCUGUUAUGGUUCUAGCCAGGAAGAAUUUGAAGCACCUGAUGUCGGCUGAUCUCACGCAUGUGAUGUGACCAAUGAAGAUUAGUGAGUAUCUAUUUUUUUAGUUAUAUACUUUGAGGAUAAAUCGUGCAACUGUGGGUUUCAGGCCAUUUGUGAUGAUGAUGAUGUGAGGGUAAAUAUACCUGCUAUGGUUUCUUGUAAUGAGGAUACACAAGAAGUAAUUGCUACCCAAAAUAUGGUUAAUAAACAGUUAGAUAAAACCUUGUGUUUUAACAAGGUGUUCGGUUCGGGCUCAAAAGAGAACUAUUUGUAUGAUCAAGUGGUUGCUACAAUUGCUAAAGAAUCUUUUGUCGGACCAUUUUUUCUUAUGGGAAAACGGGGAAGAGCAGGGGAAGCUGGUGAGAUCAACAAGAGCUUGCUUACACUCGGGGGGCUAGCUUUGAAAGACAUCUGGAGCAAGACACCAACUGAUAUGGUGGAGUAAUAAGAAAAGCAUGUAUGAGAGGUAUGUUAAUAUGGCAAGAUGAGUAUGUGUGAGUGCUAAUAAUAUUAAUAUUUCUAGUAAGGCCAUUACAAUUGUGGAAGUUUUUAAAGAUUACAAGAGAAUUAUUAAUAUUUUAGCUGCAAUUUGCGUGUUAUAAUAAAACUGCAUUGGGUCAAAGCUUUUAAAGUGACGACCCAAACUCUUUGGUUCCCUAAUUUCUGGUUUAAAGGGCUUAGAGAUUUUGGGCGUGACAGAAUUCAUGGUGGAAGGGUCAGUAAGAGGGUUGAAUUUGAUAUUUGUUCGAAUGGACAUGCUUGAUUUUAUCAAAAUAUGUACACUACUCCUCGGCAGCAAAAUAUGUACACAUCGAUUUUAUCAAAAUGGUGGGGCCUUAGAAUAAAAGGAGCUAUUUGGGGUUAAAUGUUGACCUAAUUGUUAAAGAAUGUGAAGUAUGUGA